UGGAAGAGUAUAAGAAGCGCCCCGCAACCGCGGCAGGCCACACUCCAGUCCCCCCAUCGCCAGCGGAAGGAACCCACCCACUCAACAUGAAGACCGGAUCCAUCCUUAAGGCGCUUGCCGUCUCCGCCCUGGUGCUGGCCUUCGUCUCGGCCGCGCUGGCUUCCUGCGGCUGCAGCAACGGCGGCAAGGACGUGUGCGGCCUCGGCACCGGCUGCAGCAAGGCCGUGGUGCGCCCCGCCCGCAUCAUCCCCGUGCCCAGGCCCACCACCGUGGUGCGCAAGUACGUCACCGUGGUGGAGGAGGAGAGCCAGCCCACCUACGUGCACCGCCCCGCCCCCAGGCCCGCGCCCCAGCCCUGCUACGAGGCCGCCCCCGCCCCCGAGCCCGCCCCCGAGCCCUGCUACUCCUGCGGCCGCGGCCACUCCGGCUACUCGUCCUGCGGCCAGGAGGAGCGCACCGUGGUCUACAAGCCCGCCCCCCUGCCCGUCCAGAGGAUCGUGGUCCGGCCCGCCCCCCAGCCCGUGUGCCGCUCGUGCCUGCUGCCCGCCCCCAGCUGCGGCUGCCAGUAGAGUGGGUGGGCGCCCUGCCCGCGACCGACUGCUGAAGAAUAAAAUGAAACCAACCUGAAU